UUCUCAUUGCCCUCGUUGUAGCAUACCCCACAGCCCACAGCCCACCUCGCGAUGCCCAACCCGCCACUACCAGACUACGCCCACUGGCGCUCGCCUCAGCCCCAGCAGACACCCCUCCACGACGUGAGUCAUCCAUUCCCCUUCACCUCCCCAAAAAAGUUGGCGAGAAACGGACACGCUGUCGGCGCUGUACCCGUCAUUGUCCUCGCCCUGUCGUCCACCCUGAGUAUUCGGCAUGUAUGCAAGUCAAGCGCUGAUCUCGAUGCCAUACCCUCUGCUCGACCUCCAUUUCCUCUAUCGCCCACACCCUACAUCCUUUCACGACCCAUACGCUCAUGCUGUACUCGGCCGACUUUUUUUUGGGGGGGUGGCUGCAUUGUACAGUCCACUGCGCUUCCCGACCUCUUAUCACCAAAGGCCACCGACUCGCCAGCGCUCAGGCCAGGCAAAGAAGAGCUCAUGCACCCCGCCUUCCUGCCCCCCUGCGAGCACGGCGCUGACGGGGACAUGCAUGCUCACGCGUUUGACCUCCUCUCCCUCUCUGGAGGCCCCCCAUCCCAGCCUCGCCGAGCUCAUCCGCAGACGACAGCUUCGACACCCCAGGCCAUCCCAUCGAGCGUGCCGUCGCGCCCCUCUUAUCUCUCGGCUACGAAACCGCAGGCGCCCAUCCCAGACAAGGCCGGCAAGGAGAAUGCCCCCAGACAGCGAAGGAUGAGCAGCAGCACAACGGGUGUGCUUGGGAGAGGGAAGCUGGGCUUGACAGGAGCGGGGCAGACAGAAGGCCUCGGGCUGAAUGGUGUAGGGAAGGACAGCCGAGCACCGACGGUGACUGCUCCAGCAGGGGCCGGUCGUAGAUCGACUUUGGGGUCUUCACCUGCUCCCCAGCUCUUUGACUUUGCCAGGACUGACCGCCGUCCAUCCAUGUCCAAGCCGGCGCCGUCUGCCCCUCUCCCCGGCCGCUCGCAGUCGCUGGCUACGUCUGUUCCCACCCGCGCCUCCCUUCGCAGACCGUCCCAGCCUGCCCCGGUUCCUCUGCAGGAUGAUAUCGAGCUCGACAUGGAGUUUGACGGGGACGAUGACGAGGAUGAUGGAGAGAUUGGCAGCGGGAGGAGUGCAAGUGCUGAUAUCGACAUGGAGGACGACGAUGAUGGGGCGCUCAAGCCAGAGUAUGAAAAGCUCGCUCUCGGGACGGGAAGUGGUGGAGUCAAGGGGAGAAGAAAGGGGAUGGUGUUCAAGUGCGAGACGUGCAGUAAAGAGUACAAGCACCCGAGUUGUCUCGUCAAGCACAGAUGGGAACACAGUCCUCAUUGGAAGGAGCCAACAGCGUUGAGUAUGAGCAAACAUCAACAAGUGCAAAUGCUCGAAGCGGCUGCUAUCCUUGCCCAUCUCGGACCGGCGCAAGACACCGGCCGCUCUCUUCCCUCGGACAAGUCACUCUGGCCUUCCAUCCUGUCGCCUGCCGCCGCCAACGAAGCUCUCCCCAGACGCGGUUCCCGCACUGCCCGCGACAUUUCUCUCGGCAGAUCGCCUUCCAUAUCCAGCGCUGCACCCCUGACACCAUCUUCAUUACGCGACAGCACCACUCUCGAUACGCUCGUGGAAGUGAAGGACCGGGACGACAGAGAAGGGAGCGACUCGACAACAAGUAGCAUGGGUGCGAGCGAGCCGUACAUUCCUCGGCGUGGGUCAAUCUCUGCCUCCCACCUCUCGCCUCGAGCUGUGCCGAACGGCUUGGGCAUCCGAUCUCCCCCCACUUCUUCUCCUUAUGCUCGUCCAAGGCCUAUGGGGCUGAGCAGCGACUCGCGCGCACCCUCAUCCCUCUCCUCUUCCAUCCCCGGCCCUGCAACCCCACACUCGAUUGGCUCGCUGCCCGACAUGAAUGGCCUCAAAUUCGCCUCUUCCCUUUCGUCGUCCCUGACAGUGCCCGCUUCUAGCAUGAGCCCUGUCCCGGGACGGAACGUCAUGCCAGUCUAUAUGAAGACGGGCAUGGUUGGGGGCGGCAUGUUUGGAGUGAGGACGCAGGUGCCGAGCUCCUCUGUGAGAAGUGGAGCUGGUGUUGAGGAAGAAGACGAGGAGGAACCAAGGGAGGAUGAAGCUGAAGACUGGGGUGUCAAGGAGAACAAGGAGAGGGAGGGCGAAGACUGGGGUAUGGCGUUGGAGAUGGAGCUGUGAACGAGGCCUCUGUCGUUUUCUUUUUUCUUUCUCUGUCACAUCUUUCUGUUUCUCCUUUGGUCACAUUCUCUCCCAAGUCAGUCAUCAUCUGACCUUUGGAUGGUUGUACAUAACACAUCUAUAUAAGAGAUUCAUUUGUCAUUUCCCCCUCCUGUUUGUUUCCCAUAUGUCUAUCUCCCCUUGUUGGGCUUUUAUCUGUGUUUUAUUCUGCUAUUCUCGUUCUCAACAUUUAGCUUCUAUGAGCGUGUUUUUCCGAGUUUUUGUUUCACCUGGGGUUUACAGCUUCCUUAUCAGCAGUUAUCAGCAUAGGCAUGAAUCAAG